UCUCAACCAGCCUCAUCUUGUGGUCUUCGUCAUCGCCUGUCACUCUCUAUUCCCCCUUCCCCCUCGUACAACGCCAAUAUCUGACAACGGAACCAAAAGCCGCUCUCUCUUUCCCGCCCCUUCCCACCAUCACUAAACAAUAUUCCCCCAGUCCACCUAUCCUCCCCUAGUCUACUCUACUCCGUCACCUCCGCCUAUACCGCACCCCCGUCAACCUCCGCUCUCCCCUACAGAUUCCAGCUAUGGCCGAUGUGCUUCCCUCAGCCUAUGAUGACCCUCAUACCCCACUGCAUCCCAAGAAACCCCUUGACUCUCUACUUAAAAAACUCGUAGCCCGCGAGAAGAAAUUGCCUAAGAGCUCCAUUCCAUUGACUCGCCGCAACCUCGAAGAGUUCCACAACCCUGACUACAAGUCCGAACUCUCUGCCACUGAAGCCCGCGAUGCCUUCCUCGCAGUUCGCUCAAAAAGAGAAGUACACGUACAUGAAUGGCUUCAACUCUUACCAUGAGUCAGAAGCCAUUGAAGGUGCCCUACCCAUAGGCACAAACUCUCCCCAGAAACCACCAUACGGCCUGUACGCCGAAAAGCUCUCAGGGACGGCCUUUACAGCUCCCCGACACGAGAACCAACAGACAUGGAUGUACCGUAUCCUUCCAUCAUGUGGUCACAGCAACUUCGAGCCUAGGGAAUCAUCAACGUACAACACCAAUCCGGAGAACAAGCCAUAUGAAAAGAUCCAUCACAUCCCUAAUCAGCUCCGAUGGGACCCCUUUGACCUCGACGAGACAGUCGACUGGGUGCAUUCGCUGCAUCUCGUAGCUGGCGCUGGAGACCCAACGAUGAAGACGGGAUUGGGUAUCUUCAUCUUCGCAGCAGGCAAGGACAUGGCCAAAAACGAGGCAUUCUACUCAGCAGACGGUGAUUUCCUCAUCGUGCUCCAGCACGGCAUCCUCGACAUCCAAACGGAACUCGGUCGAAUCCUGGUACGGCCUAAUGAGAUUUGCGUGAUCCCUCGGGGUAUCAAGUACCGCGUCACGCUUCCUGAAGGCCCUGUCCGAGGCUACAUCCUCGAACUCUACCAAGGCCACUUCGAACUUCCCGAACUCGGUCCCAUUGGAUCCAACUGUCUCGCCAACGCGCGCGACUUCCAAGCCCCCGUUGCCGACUUCGACGAAGACACCGACUCGGAAUGGCACAUCCUCUCCAAAUUCGCAGGCCACCUCUUCCAGGCCAAACAGACGCACACCCCCUUCGACGUCGUCGCCUGGCAUGGCCUAUACUACCCUUACAAGUAUGACCUCGGUCGCUUCAAUACCAUCGGCAGCAUAUCCUUCGACCACCCAGACCCCUCCAUCUUCACCGUCCUCACUGCCCAGUCGGACCACCCAGGAACCGCUGUCGCUGACUUCGUCAUAUUCCCCCCAAGAUGGCUUGUAGCAGAAAACACCUUCCGUCCACCGUGGUACCACAGGAACACCAUGUCCGAGUUCAUGGGCCUCAUCCACGGCCAGUACGACGCGAAGACCGGCGGCGGCUUCCAACCUGCAGGCGCCUCCCUCCACAACGUCAUGUCCGGCCACGGCCCUGACGCCGCGACCCACGAGAAGGCCUCCAACGCAGAGCUCAAGCCCGCCAAGGUCGGCGAGGGCAGCAUGGCCUUCAUGUUCGAGAGCUGCCUCAUGGUCGGCGUCACCGAGUGGGGCCUCAACAAGUGCAAGAAGGUCCAAGAGGACUACAACGCAGAGAGCUGGGAGCCUCUCAAGCCGCACUUCAAGCGUCCCGCGCCGAAGAAGGACUGAGAAUGCGCGCCCCCCGCGUCAGCUGAAAAUGAAAUAAACUACUGCUAGAUUAUUAUACCUCUUCUUCUAUGAAGGAACUCACACACAUAUAUACCUUGUUGUAGCGUUUUCGACAAUGUCAUCAUGAUCACUGUUCUAUGGAUUGUACUUUUUUGGUGAUGUUUAUCGUUGCGAGCUGAUAUUCCAUCCCUGCGUCUAUUGUAUCCCAUUCAUUUUCCCCGGCUCUCGUAUGAGUGAAUGUGAAUUC